AUGACCUACAGACUCUGCGUGUGCACGGCAUCGGCCAAUGCCGAGUACUACAUGACCACGUUCAACAAGCACCUCAGCAGCCUCCUCAAGGGCAUUACCCUUGGCUCGAAGGUGGAGGACUUCGAGGCCGCCAAGAAGGCACAGGACCCGAUCAUCAUGUUCGUCGAGGGCGCCGUGGCACACGACGUCAUGAAGUACCUCUGCGACGACUACAGCCUGCCGAAGGAGAAGCGCCGUGUCCGCUGGAUUUACUCACUGACUGCCGGCGUGGAUGUUUACCGGCUGGGUGAGCUGACGAAGGAGCUGAAGGAAAUCCCAUUUGCAAAUGCCCGUGGCUGCUACUCCCCCAUCCUGGCGGAGCACGUGAUAUACGCCAUGCUGUACUUCAGCCGCCAGACGUGGCGCCUGCAGGCGAGCCGCGCGGAGCACAAGUGGGACCCAUUCAACAUGGUGGAGCUGCGCGGGCUGAAGAUGGGUAUUAUUGGCUACGGCGACAUCGGACAUGCCACCGCCAAGCUGGCCACCGCGUUCGGGAUGGACGUGACGGGCGUGAAGCGCUCCGCCCCCGCGAAGGACGUGGACGAGUGCGGCGUGCGUCUGGUGCACGGUGAGGCGGAGCUGAAGCGCGUGCUCGGCGAGUCGGACUUCGUGGUCAACGUCAUGCCGGGCACGGAUGAGACAAAGGAGUUCUUCAACAAGGAGCGCUUUGCCAUGAUGAAGCCGGAGGGGUAUUACAUCAACAUUGGCCGUGGCAUCACACAGAAUGAGAACGACCUCGCAGCGGCGCUGCGGAACGGUACCAUCCGCGGUGCUGCCGUGGACGUGUUCCAGAAGGAGCCGCUGGGCCCUGAGUCCCCGCUGUGGGACAUCAGCGACGACAAGCUCCUCCUCUCCGCUCACUCAGCGGACAGGAGCGUCAACCUGGUCCCCUCGUCGGUCCACCGCUUCAUGGGCCUGCUGAAGGAGUACCUGAAGACAAACAAGGUGGAGACCUACUUUGUCGACCUGAAUCGUGGGUACUGA